AAUGGUCAUGGAUAACCCAAAUUUAUGUUUUAGAAAGCAUAUUAAAUAUAGUAACCAUGCGACCGACAUCACAUCUAUGAGAAAAAAGGAAUUCCCAAACUUAACUGAUUCUGUCUACUUGGACCACACUGGUGCUACCUUGUAUUCCAAGUCACAACUCACUAACUACCACGAAGACUUGAUGAAGAAUCUCUAUGGAAAUCCUCAUAGUAGCUGUAUGAGCAGUGAAAAGACUUUGUCAAUUAUUGAGGAUGUUAAAAUAAUCAUACUUCAAUUGUUGGUAUGCGUGGUGUUGCUUUGAAAAAAAUGGUCAAUGUUAAAAUGAUAGACUAUGAAGAGUCUGCUCAAGAUCUACUUUCCAUUUCACUUGACAGAGAAUUAAAUUCAAAUAAUUUUUCAAAAAAUGGCCAUUGGAAAGUAAUUAAUGACCAUUUUCGAGAUGAACCCAAUAAUUUAUUUGCUUAUCCGGCUAUGAGUAAUUUUUCUGGACGUAAGUAUCCUUUGGAUUGGAUUUCCACUGUACAAAACAAAAGUUCAUUCUUGGAAGCACAUUGUGGAAAGUGGUUUGUUCUUUUGGAUGCUGCAUCUUUUGUGAGUACAUCAUUCCUAGAUCUUAGCAUAUAUUCACCUGAUUUUAUACCAGUGUCAUUUUACAAACUUUUUGGCUUUCCUACUGGUUUGGGUGCUCUCUUGGUGAAUGUGAGGGCAGCAGAGACCUUAGAUAAAACCUAUUUUGGUGGAGGAAGUGUGUCAGCAUAUUCAAGUGAUUGCAGUUUUCAUCGAUUUAAAUCCUUAUUAAGUGACAGACAUGAGGACGGUACAGUACCAUUUCUGGAAAUAUUGGCUGUGAAAUAUGGUUUUGAUGCAUUGGCAAAUUUGACAGGAUCAAUGGAAAACAUAGCCAAACAUACCUUCUUUCUCGCUCAAUAUGUGUACAAAGAGUUAAAGGAAUUGAAACAUUUCAAUGAUCAUGACGUUUGCCAUUGUUAUUGUGACACAGCUUUUAAAUCCAGCUCACUACAAGGUCCGAUUGUCAACUUCAAUGUAAUGAAAUCAAGUGGAAGCUAUGUUGGCUAUGCUGAGGUAUCUAAACUCGCAGCUACUUAUCGCAUACAUUUAAGGACAGGGUGCUUUUGCAACGUUGGAGCCUGUCAGCAUUUUCUGAACUUAACUUCAGCUCAACUUUGCAAGCAUUUUGAAGCUGGUCACGUUUGUGGAGACAGCCUGGAUCUCAUUGAUGGCCAGCCAACAGGCUCAAUUAGGAUAUCGUUCGGUUACAUGUCUGAUUUGUCUGAUGCAAAUAAUUUUCUUCAAUUCAUCAAGGAGUGUUUUGUUGAGACAACAUCACCUAUAGCAACACAACGUUACAAGAAUGAUACCGACGAGGCUUUUCUAAAACGCAUAUUUAUUUAUCCAAUAAAAUCUUGUGCAGCUUUCGAAGUCAAAGAAUGGGAUUUAUGUGAGAAAGGGUUAAGUUAUGAUAGAGAAUGGUUGAUUGUUAAUGAAUCAGGAUCAUUUAUUAGUCAAAAAAGAGUACCUCGUCUGUGUUACAUCACACCUGUCAUUGACAUGGAUGAAGAAGUUAUGCGUCUACAAGCUCCAGGUUUGUCCGAAUUUGUUCUUCCAAUUCACAUGUCGCCAGACCAGACAGAUGGUAAUGUCGUUCAACCAAGAAUAUGUGGAUCUAAAGUUUCAGGUAUUGACUGUGGAGAUGACGUUGCCAAAUGGCUGACGACCUUCCUUGGACAAAAGUGCCGUUUGAUAAGACAGAAUCCAAAUGUUUUUAGAAGAUUGAAUGCAGAUAGAUUUUGUAGCCAGGCUCUCUCGCUGGCCAACAAUUCUCAACUAGUGAUGAUCAAUGAAUCGAGUUGCGUAGAUCUUCUUAAUAAUAUCAACAGUUCCACUACCGCUCAAGAUAAGACUUGUGAAAUGUCGGUGGAAUCCCUUGUUUAUCGAUUUCGACCGAACAUAAUCAUUUCUGGUAUUGGAGCCUACGUCGAAGAGACUUGGGGCAGUUUAACUAUUUCUGACGUUAAAUUUGAGUGUGUUGGCUUAUGUUUUCGCUGCCGAAUGAUAUCAGUUAACCCGGAUAGCGGUGAACUUACAAAAGAACCCAUGCGAACUUUAGCUCAAAUAAGAGGAUCAAAAGUGCCUUUUGGGAUCCAUCUUCAGCGGAUUGUGACUCAAGACAAAGCGAUACCAAGACUUUCUGUUGGCAACUAUGUCAAAUUUCAUCAAUCGUGAUGAGUUUUGUGAAUUAGAAAAACUCGGUCAAAAUAUUACUGAAACUUCUUAUGAUAAAGCCGCCAAAUUUAGCGGCUUUAGCCAUAAUAUCCCAUAUUUUUAGCAUCCUUUUAUUGAAUGAUUCUAUAAUCAUGAUUAAAUUAAUCCUGGAUA